AUGGACACCCAAGUGAAACAACGUGUAUGUGGUCUCUUAGGAGGCAUAGCUUACGCUUCAACAGCUGAUUAUUACAAUCAAAUGAAUCAAUUAGUUAGUAAAUUUUUACCCGGCCAUUGUAGUCGUAUUCAUAUUGUUUCGGUUGAUAUUUUUCAAUAUAUUGAAACACUCAAUAAUAGUCAAUGGGCUGAAGCAGCUGAAUAUCUUCUUGAAGGUGUUCAUCAAUUAGUAAAAAGUGGAAUUGAUUUCUUACUUAUUUGUUCAAAUACUGGUCAUAUUGCUGCACCACGAAUAUUGGAAUAUUACCCUAAACUCGUUCUACUUCAUAUAAGUGACGCUGUGGCAUUUGCAAUUAAAGAAAAAAAAUUGAAAAAAGUAGGAUUUUUUGGAUCAAAAUUUGCUAUGGUAUCCAGUAGCUGCGUAGUUGAACGUUUGAUUCAACAUGGGUUAGAAAUCGUAUUUCCAAAUAACGAUGAUAUGGAACGCGUACAUCAAAUAAUUGUUGAUGAAUUAACAAUUAAUGUAAUUACUGAAGAAUCAAAACAAUUUUAUAGGAAUGCUAUGCAACGUUUAUAUGAUGAACAGCAAGUGGAAGGAAUUGUUCUUGGAUGUACUGAAAUUCCUCUGCUCGUGAAGCAAACUGAUCUUCCUCACAUUCCUUUAUUCGAUUCAACACAACUACAUGCUCAAUUAGCGGUCGAUUACCAACUCGGUCGAUAUGAUAUUGAUUCAUUUUUACCACCAAACAUUAAAAAAGUAGAAUGA